UCCUUCCUCUCCCCUCCUUCUCUCUUCUUCUUUCUCUCCCUACCCCCACCUCUCUGCCCUCUCUCCGCCUCCACCUUCUACCCGGCAAGCAGGUCCCUCUCCGCAGAUCAGCAACCCCCGCCCGCCUGCCCGCCCUCGCCUCCCCUGCUCGCGAGGCGGCUCUGGGCGCCCGCGGCGUCUCCGGUACGUUUCGCAUCUCCGCACGCCGCCGCCGCCUCCUCACCGGGUGGGCGGCCUUCGUCUUCCCUCCCCGCUAGGUGUUUUGGCUGUCUCGUCGGACCGACGCCCGGCGCCCCUGGUGAUACCUGCCUGCCUGCCCGCCUCCGGGGACCCUGAGAAGUCUCGCCCCUGGAUUGGAGGGUCGGUGACGCCGCGGAGUUGGCUUCGCCGCGCGUAUGUGAUUUGUGGCGCCGGCCGGAGCUGAGGAUUGGUGUUGCUGCUGGGACGACGACAACGACGACGUGGAUGCCUCCUCCGCCGCCGGAUCGGAGGGACUUCCUGUACAGGGACGGCCGCAGGCACGACGGCGGCGGCGCCGGCGGGGACCAUCUCCCGCUGCCCGCCCCCACGCCGCCGCGGUGGCGCGACUCGCCCUACCACCCGCCGCCACCGCCGCCGCCCCUCCGUGACCACGCGCGGCCCUCGCCUCGACGGACCACGUCUUCGGUCUCCUCAGAAACUUAUUACCGGCAGGGCGCCGCCGCCUACGAGCGCUCUUACCCUGACGAGCCGCUAGGCUACACCCCCUCGCGCUCAGACCGCUACUGGCUGGAGGAAGACGCCGGCGGCUACAAGGGUUUCAGCAGGUAUGGUGGUGGCGGCGGACGGAGGGAAGGCCGUGAUAUGCGGGGAUCCUACCGGAGGUCUCCCUUUAGGAGCUAUGGAGGCGACUUCCCGAGAGGCCACCAGGAGCCCCCGCCUCCACCGUUGAGGAGGUCUCCUCUGAGGUCGGUAGCUGUGCCGAUCUCUUACGACCCUCCCGGUGAUAAGGCUGAUAGGGAGGAUAGGGAACACCAUCCCCGGGUGACCCCUUGGCGGCCGCUGCGGCGGAGGGAGACUAGAUCUGAUGCUGCAGACGCAGCUGGUGCUGGACCUACGUCUGUUCGUCAGAACACCGGAGAAGGGACGGCUUCAGAGAAGAAGGCCCCAGCGCAGUCCUUGGCCGUGGCAGCUCCUCAGACUUCUGAGGAGGAGGCACCAAGGAAGAAGCCCCGUCUUGGAUGGGGGCAAGGUUUGGCCAAGUAUGAGAAGCAGAAGGUGCACGGUUCUGCGGACCCUGCUGAAGCUGUUGCUGAUGGGAGCUCAGCUGACGUUGAACAGAAGGUGGAUGUUGGCACACCUGCAUCUGUACUGUGUGCAUCUCCGGUGGCGGCAUCACCACCUGCACCCCCAUCUAGCUCUCCAGACACUGAUAAUAAAUCCUGUGAGCUGACGACUAAUACCGCCACCGUGUCAAAUAAAGAUGUCCCUGGGGCUGAGGUCCAGGCUUACAACGAUGAAAUUCCCAUUAAAUUAGGUCAGCUUGAUGGUGAUCCCAUUGGUUCUCUUGCAAAUGUCCUUGCUGAACUGCUCCAACAUGAUGAUUCUUGUUCUGGGGAUUCUAGAAAACUGACCAAUACCAGUAAAUUGUUGUUACUGAAAGAGAACAUUACCAAGGAGAUUGAAAAGACUGAACUUGAGAUUGAUUCAUUAGAAUGUGAACUUAAAUCAGCAAAUACUGAUAUCGGAAAUAGGGCUCUUGAAGAUGCACAAAAUCCUUCUCCUUCUAGUGGGACGUCAAAAGUUCCAGUCAGGCCGGAGAUCUGUGAAACAUCAUCUCCUCUGAAAGAACAAGGGGAGAUCAGUCCUUGCAAGAUAUCUGUGGAGCAGGACACCGAUGCCAAAGGUGCAGAAUCGAUGGAAGUUGACACAGCUCCUGCUUACAAUGUAACAGCAGUCUCAUCAGAAGAGAGUGUUGCACGUCCUGUAGUUGCUGAAACUCAGGUCUCUGUCGCUGCUUCUGUUGCCCCAGUGAAGCCUUCUCGAGGAACUGGUUCUCAAAUUGAUGCUGACAGUGAGAGGCAGGGACCUAGUUCAUGCCAUGAUAAUGUUAAUUCCAUGAAAGCAGACGGCAGUAAUCAGUUGUCAACAAGGCCUUGCUCGCACCAUGUUGACACCCAUAAUUUAAUACCUUCAAUUUUAGCUGUGAACAAUGGUAUGGCCAAAGAAUUUAAUGAAUUGGUUUUCAAACCUUUGCCUUCUGAUCAACCCUUAUCGGCACUCGGUCCUUUCUCGAUCCAAAUGAAGAAUGACUUGAGUAUCAAAAGGAAGCUUGCCAUACAUAAAAACAGACUAAGAUUCAAAGAGCAAACACUUACCUUCAAGUUCAAGGUACUGCGUCACCUGUGGAAAGAGGAUGUGCGUCUCCUUUGUGUAAGAAAGCAGCGUCCAAAGUCUAAUAAGCGCACUGAUCAGAGCAACCGUGCAUCACAGAGUGGAUCUCAGAGACAGCGCUCCUCCAACCGCUCUCGAUUGGGCAUUCCUGCUGGUAAUUUAAGUACGUUUCCUACCUCAGAGAUAUCAGAGGUUGCAAACAAGAUGUUUACAGAAUUUCAGUUUAAGCGCUGCAGAAAUUACCUGAAAAUGCCAGCAGUAAUUAUUGAUGAAAAAGAGAAGGCAUGUGCUAUGUUUGUUAGCAAGAAUGGCUUAAUUGAGGAUCCUGUUUCAGUUGAGAAGGAGCGGGCUGUGAUAAAUCCAUGGACUCACGAAGAGAAGGAAGUCUUUAUGCAGAUGCUUGCUACCUUUGGAAAGAAUUUCUCCAAGAUUUCCAACUUUCUUCAGCACAAGACAACCGCUGACUGUGUUGAGUUCUACUACAAGCACCAUAAGUCUGACAGUUUCCGAGAAGUUAAGAAACUUCUGGAUCGUCGUCAGCAACAGCAGCCCACCAGCAAUUACCUAGGAACAAAAUCUGGGAAGAAAUGGAAUCCUGAGGGAAAUGCUGCAUCUCUUGAUAUGCUUGGGGCUGCGUCCGUUGUGGCGGCUCAUGGCCUUGAUUAUGCAAACAGAGUGGAGAAAACUUCUUCCAAGUCUAUAAUCCGUACUUCUUAUAGGUCUGAUAUUUCGGCUGUGGCCAAAGGAUCUUUGGACAAGGAUUGUGUUGCUAAUGUAUCUUUGCAUGAGAGAGAAUCUGUAGCUGCUGAUGUCUUGGCAGGUAUAUGCGGAACCCUGUCCCCUGAAGGAAUGGGCUCUUGCAUUACCAGUUCUGCUGAUCCUGGCCAAAAGAUGGGCGGCGCAAGAAUGGAGUACCUCGUGACUCCAGAAGUAGACAAAAGCUGUGAUGAGGAAGGUACUUUCUCAGAUCAGGAAUGUGAAGUUUAUUCUGUUGAUUGGACUGAUGAUGAGAGGUCAAUUUUCGUCGAGGCUAUGAAUAUCUAUGGGAAGGAUUUUGCUCGAAUUUCCUCUCGUGUGAAGAGCAAGUCAUACGAGCAAUGCAAGGUCUUUUUCAGCAAGGCUCGUAUAUCACUCGGUUUGGAUAUGAUCCAUCCACGCAAUGCUGAUGCUGGUUUGCCGACUAGUGAUACGAAUGGAGGGAGGAGUGAUACUGAUGAGGCCUGUGCUGCUGAGAUUGAUUCAGCUAUUUGUAGCACACAGUCCUCUCAGAAGAUGGAGAUUGAUGCAUGUCCUGCUGCUGAUGAGACCACUCAAGGGUGCCAUGUUUCUGGUAUCACCUUUAUACAGUCAAAAACGGAUAGAUCAACCGAGCCCGUUGUUGGUGACAUAAAAUUUGAGGAAGCUGAGAACAAAGCAGAAGAUAGAAGUUGUAACAUUCUUGUUGAUCAUGAACUGUUAAGUGAAGCCACACGUCAAGCAUCACAAUCAUGUGAUCCUAUCGACAUCAAUUCUUCAGCAAAUACAAAGAAUGUGCAAAACAAAGUGCACGGCAACCAGGUGACUGUGCAUGGCAAUGUUGCCAUGUCCUCUUCAACUGAACAGCCUGUGGGGUCUCAACUGGAAAUUAGGUCCAAUCUACAUGACACUGAAGUGAUCCAGUCAAGCAAGGCGUCUGCAGGGACUUGCACUCAGAUUUCCAGUAUGGAAGGACCUUCAAACCAUGCACCUGAGAUUGCUCUCAUGAAAGUUGGAAAUUUUACCCCUUCUGUUGUCUUAUCUGGAGAUUGUGGCAGUAAAGAAAAUGUUGUCCACUUCCAGGACAUGGCUGGUGUUUCCUGCAUCAGGCCUGCAUUUACUUCAAGUUAUCAGCAAAGCGUGCCAGCAGACCUGCUCCAGUCAAAGCCAAAACCACAGGUCACCCCUCUUACCCCAAAGGAUUUAAUGCCUGUUCAGUUUAGUUCUGACCUUCCUGAUCCUACCUCAAUUCGUUUUGAGGGCAUAGCCUCCAUAACUUCGCCCAAUUUUGAGGAUCGUGCCAACAAAGUCAACAAUACUUCGGGGGCCAAGGACAUGAACAGGUUCACAGUAUUUGGUGAACGGUCACGUAAUCAGCAGGAUGCUCUGUUCCGUGACAUUGAUGGAUACAUGCAACUUCGGCACAAUCAUCAUCUGCCAGCUGAUGUACCUGCUCUUUCUGAAAGUACUGUAAGCUGCACUGGGGGAACUUCUCAUUCAGAUCAGUUCACAUCAAGCAAAUACCAGAAUGGCAGAUCUGGUUGCUCAGCCCUCUCAAAUGCAUCUGCUGGGUUUCCGCUGACUAGGAACAGCGCAGGUUUGCGGGAAGGCCAGUUGGAGACUUGUUCCCAGAAGGCAAGCACAGAGAGUUAUGAUCAGGUAAAGCGUCCUGGCGAUGUCAAGUUAUUUGGGAAAAUUCUUAGUCAUCAAUCAUCCUUGCAAAGUUCUGGCUCAUCAUCGAAUGGAAUCAAAAGCAAGCCCCCCUCUCCAAAUAUUGAUAAAUCAGAAGCAAGAUUGUUGCAAAGCGGAAGGGAUCGCAUGGUUUUUCCAUCUAGGCCUGCAAACACAGCUCACCUGGGGCUAGAUGAACAGUCGGUGAUGAGUUACACCCACUUAGAUGGGAGCCCAGUACAUCCCGACUCUAUGUUCAGGGCAGCAAAUUGUCAGAGAUCGUUAGCUGGUGUGCCAUUUUACUCAGCUAAAAAUGGCACACUUGGUGGAUUUGCAGAAUAUCAACAGCCUUCAAUGCAGCAGCUUCCAUCAGAUCCGAAACGGGAAAGUUUUGCUGAUCUUCAGAAGAGGAAUGGAAUAGAGCUUAUUUCAGGGUUCCAACAACCGGGUAAAGCCUCCCGGCUUGGGGGUGCUGGGAUCAUUGUUGGCGCUGUAUCUGACCCAGUGGCUGCCCUCAAGGCGCAGUAUGGUCCCGGUCCGAAGAUUCUGGGCAACAAUGCGGACCCCUGGAAAGACCUAGGAAACAGGUAGCAUCUGUAGUGGUAGUGGCAAUAGUGCAUGCUUUCUUGCUCUCUGUACCAUAUUUAGUUUUGUAACUUAAAUGAAAUUAAACAAGGAAAAGUGAAUGGCUUUCCUGUCCAUAUUGCUGUAGGCUUCGCGGUAGCUGUUGGCUAUGUUUUGUCCUGGAAUUAACCAUUAUCCAUCUUUUCUGCAGCUCCAUACUUAUUUAGUUUUGCCUGCCCGCAGUGAUGUAGGUUUGCUAGAGGCGACAAUAUGUUUGUCGGUUAGGGCUUUAUUGUUAUCCAGUUUAUGCAGAGACCUCACAGUUCGUUGUCAGUUGUAAUCUCAUGUGGUACUGGUAAUGCCAAACUCAGUUUCCUCUUGUACUGGAGUUUUGGUUUAA